AUGGUUGAGUGGCUGACUUACGCACGUCCUUGUCCUUCUUCACCCUUACAGGAGCUUGAAAAGAUCGGAGAUGAGAUCGAGGCGCUGGAGCGCUCGAUUCGCGGCUUGGCGCAGAACUACCAGAUCGUGGACAAGCUUGGCGAAGGCACGUUCUCGACCGUGUACAAGGCAAUCGACGUGAACCAUCUGGAUUACUUCAACAGAUGGUGGACAUGGAAGACAUUGAAGCAGGACGCAACUGGCCGGUACAUUCCAAGCACGCGGAAAACGGUCUAUGUCGCGCUGAAGAGGAUCUACGUGACGAGCUCUCCAGCUAGAAUCUUGAACGAGUUAGAGCUUAUGGAGAAAAUGCGACCCUACGAUAAUGUUGCUUUCCUCAUUACUGCUUGGCGCCACGAGGAUCAGAUCAUGGCUGUCAUGCCUUAUAGCCGUCACCAGGAUUUUCGCGAGUAUUACCGCAAGAUCCCCUUAAGCGACCUCAAGUGCUACUUCCGCUGUCUAUUCGGUGCGCUCGAAUCGGUUCAUUCGGAGAAUAUCAUGCACCGCGAUGUCAAGCCCGCCAACUUCUUGUACGAUCCUGCUACGGGUUAUGGUACGCUGUGUGACUUUGGUCUCGCCGAGCUAUUCGACCCGCUAGAAUGGCGCGGCAAAUGCCACCACGUCUGUCCAAGCGUGGCCGAUCCGCAUGGUACGACGGCCAUCAACCAUGCCGUGCACAGCACGCACCUGCUGCCAGGCGGUGCACUUGGACCGCAGAAGCCAGCGAGCAGCAAGUUGAAAUCCGCCAUGGCGCCGCCUGAACGCGUCGGAUACCUUAAGGACGAUCCGCGUCCGAGCGUGCGUGCGAACCGUGCGGGUACGAGGGGCUUCCGAGCUCCCGAGGUGCUGUUGAAGUGUCAGGAUCAGACCGUCUCCAUCGACAUUUGGUCGGCUGGCAUCGUAAUGCUUGCCUUCCUGACGAAGCGCUUCCCGCUCUUCAAUGCCAAUGACGAUAAUGAAGCCCUGCUCGAGAUUGCAACCAUUUUCGGCAGGAGACGCAUGGAGCAAUGCGCAAUGUUACACAAUCGCACGUUCAAAUGCAAUAUUCCAUCCGUUGAAGAAGCAAAGACGCACAGAAUCCCCGACUGGAUCAAACUCGUCAAUCCUUCGCUCUGGAACCCAGGCGACCAUCCGGACCCAUUGAAGUACUCGCAAGAUGUCGCGCAGGCCGUCGACCUGUGCAGGGAAUGCCUGCAUCUCGAUUGCACGCGUCGUCUUACCGCGUCCCAGCUGCUGCAGCAUCCUUUCCUGGGCCUAGACUUGCAUGACGACGGGAUGUGA